UGGACAGUUCGUGAUCAGAAACAAUGCAAAUGUUGAAGCAGUCCUGACAUAAAACUGUUUAUUUCUCCACCAGCAAGGCAAUGACUAGCAAUUUGUUCACGGCAUUAGGGCUGAGUGGAACUCGAGGCGGGAAUAUGGAGGCUGAUUUCGAGGAGGAGGAAUUGGAUGGCUCAGAUUCUGAGGACCUUUCCUAUGGUGCCCUCAACUCGUUUCCAAAUUUUCUCCAACCCAGAGCUGACUCUUUGAAAAUUCUCAAAAUGGAUCACAAUUAUCUGACUCUUUUGCCUGGCAUUAUUGGCACAUUUAAAAACCUUAAGCAUUUAGACAUUAGUAACAAUGAUAUCGGUUUGCUCAGUAAUGAAAUAGUGAGACUACGUAAUCUGAAAACGUUGAUAGCAAAAAACAAUAAUUUGGAUAAUGAUUCAAUACCAAAAGACUUGGGACAGAUGGAACUGAUGUCUAUCAAUUUGAGUGGAAAUAAUUUAGUCGAUUUUCCUCCACAAUUCACGGAAAUAUCAACGUUAAGACGAUUAUUUCUCGGAGGAAAUCAAAUACGUCAGUUGCCUAGUCAAGUACAACACAUGUAUAGAUUAGAAGUCCUCUAUCUCGGGGGAAACAAACUAACUGAGAUCCCCGCUGAGAUGGGUUACCUCCAAAACCUCACUUGUCUGACUCUGUGUGAUAACCAGCUGGAAAGUCUACCGCCAACGCUGACCCAUCUCCGCAAACUCCAGUCGCUCAGUCUCCACAACAAUCAGCUACAGACACUACCUCCUGAAUUAGUCACGUUGAAUUUAUAUGAACUCAGUUUGAGGAAUAACCCACUUGUUGUGAGAUUCGUGCGUGAUUUCAUCUACGACCCGCCAUCGUUGUUAGAGCUCGCAGGCCGAGUCAUCAAAGUCAAGAACAUCCAAUACUCGGCUCAGGAUCUUCCCAGAAGUCUUGUACAGUACUUGACGUCAGCGCAUCACUGUGUCAACCCAAGGUGCAAAGGUGUUUACUUCUCAUCACGGGUGGAACACAUCAAAUUUGUUGAUUUCUGCGGCAAAUACCGUCUUCCGUUGCUGGAGUAUCUCUGCUCACCAAAUUGCACUGCCUCCAACCCGUCGAUUCUGGCCAGUUCCAGUGCUAGCGGUUCGGAGAGCGACACUGACGAUGAAGCAAAGAGGAUGCAAAAAGUUUUACUCGGUUGAAAUCUGCAGUCCUUAUAGACAAUUCAUCGAUGAUACUGCAUGUGUCACAAACACUCAUAGACUCAGGUGCUGUCAUAGGCUGUCUGGUGUAAACAUAAAGUACAUGGAUUUGACCAUAACAAUCGACUUUGCCCACAAGCUCACCCUCAGGUGGAAGCUUCAUGAAAUGCACAGUGCUUUGUAUGGACUCAUUGCUUUAGUUGUCCUGGACACCAGUAAUAUCAUAUCGGCUAUAGUUGAUAGAAAACUCAUUGGUAUUUUCAGUGGCAGUGGAGAGUAAUUUCAAGUGAAAGAAGUACCUUUCAUCCGUCACAAACAUCUAGGACAAAGGAUUCAUUGAGUUUACUGCAGUCUGUAGCCGAUAUGAUGCACAAGUUUGUUGAUAAGCUUUGAAGAGGAGAAUAUGACCAAUGACCCUUCCUAUAUGAGGCUGUUGUGUCUUGUAAUGAUAUUCAUUCAUGUGCUCACAAUAUCCAAAUAAAGUCUGGGUUGUUCAGCCUAAGAAUCCUUAUAAUU